UAUGUAAGUGGCAAUGAGAAAGAGCAUCUUUUUGGCUGAAAGGAGACAUUUAGAGAGGAUGUGGCUGAUUUUUUGUUUUUAUUUAUUUUUGUCUUUACAGAAUAUAAUCAAAUGAGGCACCUUAGCCAGCCUGGGUGACUGCUUCAAGUCUUGUAAUCAUCUGUGUAGCAAAGUGGGUAAAAUCAUUCAAUUUCUUCUCUGCUGGACUGGAAGGACAGGGGCUGUGUGUUCAUCCCCACCCAUUAGCUAUGCCCUCUUUUCUCUGAAUGUCGAUUUAAGGAAGCAAACACCUGUCUUCUGCCACCGUAUCUUCCCAGAAAACUUUAAAGGCCAUUUUAUCUGAUAGGAAGAACAUCAAGAAUGCUCUGAUCUCUAGUGAUGAAGAAUCUGGGAGUGGACACUUUCCCCAUCCAGAUACAAUGCACUUUAAAUGAAGAAAAACUGAGCUGAACUACAAGUCUAUCUCUUAUGGUGCUGGAUUACUCCUACAGAGCUGCCUGACACCCACCACGCGAGAGGGCUCUGACAGACACAAGUCACCUACUGAUUAUUUCACUUAGCUCUCCCUGGGGACUUAAAUUUUGGAAGUGUUCCUUUUUACAUGAGAUCCUCCAAGAUGAUGAGUUCGAAUCCUGAGGAAGACCCCUUGGACACGUUUCUCCAGUAUAUUGAGGAUAUGGGGAUGAAGGCUUAUGAUGGCUUGGUUAUUCAGAAUGCCUCGGACAUCGCUCGAGAGAAUGAUCGCUUGAGGAAUGAGACAAACCUGGCCUACUUGAAGGAGAAAAAUGAAAAACGCCGGAGACAAGAAGAAGCAAUAAAACGCAUAGGUGGAGAAGGAGGGCGAGGCCACGAAGGAAGUUACGUGGGCAAACAUUUCCGCAUGGGAUUCAUGACGAUGCCUGCUCCCCAAGACCGACUCCCCCAUCCUUGCGCCAGUGGCUUUUCCGUGAGGUCCCAGUCCCUGCACUCGGUUGGGGGCACAGAUGAUGACCGCAGCUGUGGCUCACGGAGACAACCGCCUCCUAAGCCCAAGCGGGACCCGAGCACCAAGCUGAGCACUUCGUCGGAGACGGUCAACAGCACCCCCACCAGUAAGAGCGGGAAAGCCCCGGAGCGCGCUGAAGUUUCAGCCAAACCGAGACCCAACAGUGAUGAGUAUUCAAAGAAGAUUCCUCCUCCAAAACCCAAGCGGAACCCGAACACUCAGCUCAGCACCUCUUUUGAUGAGACGUACAUGAAAAAGCACGGCCCCAGGAGGACCUCGCUCACGCGUGACGCCUCGCUGUCCCAGGUGAGCAGCCCCGCGGGGGACCCCGAGGACGAGGAGCCCGUGUACAUCGAGAUGGUGGGGAACAUCCUCCGUGACUUCAGGAAAGAGGAUGACGACCAGAGCGAGGCCGUCUACGAGGAAAUGAAAUACCCCAUUUUCGACGACUUGGGCCAAGACUCCAAAUGUGACCUUGACCAUCACAGUUGUUCUUCGCAGUGUGCUACUCCCACGGUGCCUGACUUGGACUUCGCCAAGUCCUCAGUGCCAUGUACUCCAAAGGGUUUGCUUUGUGACAUCCCCCCGCCCUUCCCCAACCUGCUUUCUCACCGACCCCCUCUGCUGGUGUUCCCUCCGGCCCCUGUGCAGUGCUCCCCCAACUCCGACGAGUCCCCGCUCACCCCGCUGGAGGUCACCAAGCUCCCGGUGCUGGAAAACGUGUCUUACAUGAAACAGGCCGGAGCAUCCCCAUCCGCGCUGCCCCCUCACCCCGCCAGCCACCCCAAACCAGACAAGGACCAGAGCGGGGCCCUGGGGCCCGCGGCGGCUACGGCGCUCUCCUCGUCGCCUCCCCCGCCGUCCACUCUGUACCGAACGCAGUCCCCCCACGGCUACCCGAAAAGCCACUCGGCCUCCCCGUCACCUGUUAGCAUGGGGCGGUCACUCACCCCCUUGAGCCUCAAAAGGCCUCCCCCGUACGACGCUGUGCACUCCGGCAGCCUCUCAAGGAGCUCUCCAUCAGUGCCUCACUCGACCCCCCGGCCGGUGUCGCAGGAUGGCAGCAAGAUGGUCAACGCCGCGGUCGGCACCUACGGGGCGGCCCCCGGCGGCUCCCGGUCCAGAACGCCCACGAGCCCUUUGGAGGAACUGACCAGCCUCUUCACUUCGGGGCGCAGCCUGCUGAGGAAGUCGUCCAGCGGCCGCAAGUCUAAGGAACCCGCAGAGAAAUCAACGGAGGAGCUGAAAGUGCGAAGCCACAGCACAGAGCCAUUGCCAAAGCUGGACAGCAAAGAGAAGGGACACCACGGGGCGUCUUGCAGAGAGCCUGUCAAAGCUCAGGAAUGGGAUGGAACACCAGGGCCACCUGUGGUCACCAGUAGACUGGGAAGAUGCUCUGUGAGCCCUACCUUGUUAGCAGGAAACCACAGCUCAGAACCGAAAGUGAGCUGCAAGCUGGGCCGGUCUGCGUCCACGUCAGGUGUGCCCCCUGCCUCCGUUGCUCCUCUCAGACAAGCCAGUGACCUGCAGCAGAGCCAGGUGGCUUGCAUGCAGUGGGUUCAUGGAGACCAUACAAUGCUUGAGAUGAUUGAGAAAAAGCGAUGCUUGUGCAAGGAAAUAAAGGCUAGACAGAAAACGGAAAAGGGCCUUUGCAAGCAGGAUAGCAUGCCUAUCCUACCCAGCUGGAAAAAGAACGCAGGUACAAAGAAGUACAGCCCUCCACCCUAUUCUAAACAGCACACGGUAUUCUGGGACACUGCCAUAUGACUGCGUACACAAUGGCGUGCGCUCCACGAGACUCAGCGGGAAGAGGGAGGUCGACUCGGUCAUGUCUAAGCAACUGUUACAUACCUUCUCUGUUGGAACGGAAUGCCAGCCCUUCCCUGGAAAACCCACGGGGAGCUGUGCC